AUGUCAACUGUCAAACGUAUCAAUGAUGUCGAUGUUAAUCAAUACAAAAAUCCAUUUUCUACAUCACAAUUAAUCAUUGGUUUAUUCAUAGGUACAUAUUUUUUAACUGUGGAACUUAUUGAUUUCAGUCAAGCACCAAUAUGGAAAUGGUGGCAAUUAUGUACAAUGAUUAUUUUACCAUUAUCCAUGAUCGAUGCACUUCGUGAUUUAAUUCACAUGUUUACUAAAAAAGCUACGAUCCGACGUAAUGUGAUCGAUAUUUUAAAAGCUAUACAAUUCUUUGGUAUAGUAUACACGAUGUUCGUCUGUAUAAUGCCGUUAGAAUCGCAUCUAGCUGAAAAACCUUCAAAACAUCUUGCUCGAGAUUUAAAUUUUUACCAUUCGUUUGCAUUUGGAUUUAAUAUUCUUGGAUGGUUACUCACAUUAUUACGAUAUUAUGACUGGAAAAAUGAUAAACAAAUUCCUUCUGAGAAAAAGACACAAUAA